AUGACCGAGGAGGGAUACAUGGCCUACCGCCGCGGGGCCGCAGACAUCAUGGUCGUGCCAUAUAACCCGUGGAUCCUGCUGUACUUCACGUCGCACAUCAAUGUGGAGCUAGUGUGCAGCCCGACGAACGUCAUCCUAUACCUCUUCAAGCUGAUGAAGUACAUCCACAAGGGCAGUGACGUCAACCGAAUGCAGCUCGUCGCCGACGGUCAGACGCAGCGAGGCGAGCAGGGCUCGGCGGACGGCUCGACCCACCGGCGCGACGAGCGGCGCGACGAGAUCCACAAGAGCGGUCGGAGGACUUACGUCGGCGCGAGCCCCGACCCCGUCCGACGACUGCGCCAGCACAACGGCGAGCUCUCGGGAGGUGGCGCGCCCGCCGCGGGACGGCCGUGGCGCAUUCUGCUCGUUGUGCGUGGCUUCUCCUCGAAGAGCGAUGCGCUCGCUUUCGAGUGGGCGUGGCAGAAGCCGCACACGAGCCGGCACAUUGCGCGACAGUGGGGUGUGAAGGGAUUCGGGAAGUGCGGCACGCGGUCAAAAGUGUCGGUGCGGUUGGCGGCGCUCGCGCUGUUGCUCGUGCACGGCCAUUGGGCCGCGUGCGCGCUGCAUGUCCGUGUGUGUGCUCCCGAGGAGUGUGGAGAGGCAUUGCCUCUCAUCCGGCGCGCCGCCGCGGGACUCACGUGCGGACCGCCGUGA